AUGGCGGCGCAAAUGGCGGCGCAACUAGCGGCGGCUCGGGGAGCGCGGGGAGCACGGGGGGAAACGGCUCCCCCGCCUGAUCCACCAUUGCACGACUACAAGGCGGCUUUGAGCCUGUGCCUCGAUUUCCUCGACGCACAGAAGAGCGGCGACCUGGGGCUGUUUUUGAGUCGACUCAAAAGCGACCUGACACUCUCGCAUGUGCAGGAUGGGAGCGCAGUGGGGCGAGACCUGGCAGGGGGCUGCUAUGGGGAUAGUAAAGCAGAUGGACACCCCCCACCCCCCCUGGCGCAACAGCUCUCACAUGCAAGACGGAAGCGCCGUGGGGCGAGAUCUGGCAGGGGGGUACUAUGUGGAUGGGGGGGGGGUGAAGCAGACGGGGGUGACUGCAUUCGCUAUGAGCAUGCUGGCUUGGAGCAUAGUGGAGUUCGAUGCCCAACCAUCCCCCACUCCCCCUCUCCCUCUCCUAGUCCUGAGCUCGAGACCACAGGCUUGAAGCAGCGGGCAGUGGACCUGCUCAAAUGGGGAGUGGACUGGCUGCUCAUGGCGGAAAUGGGCCGGGGCGGUGUCCUCGAGUCUUCUGGGUUGAAGCAGCGGGCAGUAGACCUGCUCAAAUGGGGAGUGGACUGGCUGCUCAUGGUGGACCUGGGCCGGGGCUGGUUGAAGCAGCGAGCAGUGGACCUACUCAAAUGGGGAGUGGACUGGCUGCUCAUGGCGGAUCUGGGCCGGGGCUGUGUUGUGGCGCAAGUGGGUGACUCUGCCGCCCAGAAUUCGUGCUGGCAGCGGCCAGAGGACGACUCCACCGCCCGGCCCGUGUACACUGUGGUGGGCGCGAACGGGCCGGGGGCGGCGGUGCUGGCUGACAUGUCAGCUGCCUUUGCUGCUGGUGAGAUGCCUUUGCUGCUGGUGAGGAUGAGUCUAUCCUUGAGUGUGGGCUUGAGGUAUGCAGUAUGCCUGAUUUGGGGGGAGGAGGGGCUGCGAGCAGCAGUUCUGACUGACAUGUCGGCCGCCUUUGCUGCUGGUGAGGUGCCUUGGCUGCUGCCGCCUCGCAUGUACUCGACGAGUUUAACCCCGGAUAUGCCGCCUUGCUGCGGGGCAACGCCGCCAUUCCCAACACCCGCUUCUUUCCCCCUCUGUGACCCCACCACUUUCGCCCCUCGCCCCCUUCUCCCCACCAACACCCCAGCCGCACAUGUGUUUGGCGAGUUUAGCCCCGGAUACGCCGCCUUGCUGCGGGACCACACCACCAUUCCCAACUCCUGCUACUUCCCCCUCUGUGCCCCCACUUCCAUUCCAUCCCUCGCCCUCCCCUCCUUCCAAACCAGCCUCACAUCCUCGCAUGUGUUUGGCGAGUUUGACCCCGGAUACGCCGCCUCACUGAGAGACCAUGCCACCAUGCUCUUUGAGCUCGCCACCACCGCCACCUCCACUGAUGACCAUGCACCACCCCCACCAUGCUCUGCGUCUCUGCCUCUGUUCACCACCCCCUCUAUUCUCGCCCAACAUGCUGUUGCAAUCCACCCCUAUGUGCGUGCUACCCACAGCAGCACUAAGCCCCGCCAGCCUCUAGGGACUCUCCCGUACCAGCCUCCCCCAUCCUCCUUGCCUGAAUUUCACGAUGAGCUGCUCUGGGCGGCGGCUUGGCUGUGGCGCACCACCAUGUCUGACCCCCUGCACCAAUUCCUGCUCAAGCCCCAGCAUGCAUCAUUGUCCUACACACUCGCCUUCACUCACGCCAACAAGGCAGCGGGAGCAGCAGUGCUGCUGGCGACGUUCGUGUUGGGGCCAAUGGAGGAGGAGGACGAGGCCACUACAGAGGCAUCUGGCGCUGACGUCAUCUUCAGAUUCCAGAAGCUCGUGGAAGCUUCCAUCUGUGCUUCCACUGCUGACGUGCCUUCCAGGACCAGCGGGCUGCUAUGGCUGGACGAGAAUGAGCCGCUGCAUGCAGCAGUGCAGGCGGCCCUCCUUCUCAACACCUACUCUUGCUCCCUUCUCCGUGCCCGCGUGUUCUUCUCCCCUCCUCUCACACGUGUAACUCAGGCACACCAGGCGGGCUGUUAUGGCUGGAUGAGAAUGAGCCGCUGCAUGCAGCAGUGCAGGCGGCCUUUCUUCUCAAGACUUAACUGCAUACAAACGUAA